AUGAAAUUUUUCGCAACAUUUUUAUUAUCAAUUUCAUUGAUCUUCAUUCAAUGUGCUCAAGCAUAUCCUAUAUUAUCCAAAAAAGCAUUAUUAUUAACUCCAACCUCACCUGUUUUCACAUUACUUGCUAUUCAUAAGGGGAAUUUAACUCAAGCUGAUAUUGUUACCUUCAAUAAAACAUCAAUCACAAUCGGAAAUCGAGGAUCUCCAUUAUUUGGUAGAAUUGAUGCCCAAAAUAAUUAUACUUUUAAUAUCGCCUCAUUCAAUAACAUCAAUAGCAGUACUAGUAAUUCUAAAAACUCUACUUUUUGGUCAAUUAAUGCAUAUGUUGAUGAAUCAAAUGAUUUAUUAACCGUUGCAACUCAUAACAAAAAUGAAUCUUCAACAUUUGAAACUGAGAGUACUGGAUUUGCUAUUGAAAAUGGUUAUUUAUCCUAUAAGAAUUCUACUCACUUUUUAGCAUGUCCAACAAGUUCAUCAUUAACCACCACCAAUGAUACCAUUGUUGGUGGUAAUGGUAAUAAUUUUACAAACAGUAGUAUUAAUGGAGAUGCUGGAUUUGAAAUUUAUGCUAAUCCAAAGGGUAAAACUACUUGUCCAAAGGGAAUUGAAGGUUAUGAUAUUAAAUUAUUGACUGAAUUGAUUGUCACUUAUUCAUAUUCGGAAAAAUUCAAUUCUAAUGGAUUUUUCAAAAGACAACUUUCCAAAGAUUUAUAA